UUUAGUUUGAUAAUGCACUGGGGAUCCAGCUGUUCUCCCCGCUCGUCCCCGCGCGCGCGCACACGCGCAGCGAUAUAAAGCAGUUCUCCAGUGAGCUCGCGCUCUUCAGACGCGCGCAGCCUCCAGUGAUGAGCGCAGCUCCCGCAUCUCCACAGUGGUGUGAGUGACCCGUGCAGCGCCGUAUGAUGGCCAUCCAUGUGGAAGGACUGCUGGCCAUCGUCAUCUUCUACCUGCUCAUCCUAGCUGUCGGGAUCUGGGCCGCCUGGAAGAACAAGAACUCUGGGAUCUCAGCAGGAACAGACCGCAGCGAAUCCAUCAUGGUCGGAGGAAGAGACAUCGGCCUGUUCGUGGGAGCGUUCACCAUGACCGCCACGUGGGUCGGCGGCGGCUACAUCAACGGCACGGCAGAGUCCGUGUAUCUUCCCGGCUCCGGCUUGGCUUGGGCUCAGGCUCCGUUCGGAUACGCUCUCAGUCUGGUAGUGGGCGGGCUGUUCUUCGCCAAGCCCAUGCGCUCCCGGGGAUACGUGACCAUGCUGGACCCGUUCCAGCAGCUGUACGGGAAGAGGAUGGGCGGCCUGCUCUUCAUCCCUGCUCUUCUGGGAGAGAUGUUCUGGUCCGCGGCCAUCCUGUCCGCCCUGGGUGCGACGCUCAGCGUGAUCGUGGACAUCAACAUCAACGUGUCGGUGGUGAUCUCGGCCCUGAUCGCGAUCUUCUACACGCUGGUGGGAGGACUGUACUCUGUGGCGUACACCGAUGUCGUCCAGCUCUUCUGCAUCUUUCUAGGUUUGUGGAUCAGCGUGCCGUUCGCUCUGUCCAAUCCUGCCGUGUCCGACAUCAGUGUGACCGCCGUCACCGCAGUGUUUCAGCCUCCGUGGCUGGGCGAGAUCGACCCGUCCGACGGCUGGAUAUGGGCCGAUAACUUCUGCCUUCUCAUGCUGGGCGGGAUCCCGUGGCAGGUGUAUUUCCAGCGGGUUCUCUCGGCCUCCUCGGCUAGUUAUGCUCAGUUCCUGUCGUUCCUGGCCGCUUUCGGCUGUCUCGUGAUGGCCGUCCCUUCCGUCCUGAUCGGAGCCAUCGGAGCCUCCACAGACUGGAACCGGACGUCGUACGGGCCGAUUCCUCCGGUGGAGAAGGACGAGUCGGACAUGAUUCUGCCCAUCGUGCUCCAGCACCUCUGCCCGUCUUUCGUCUCUUUCUUCGGGCUGGGCGCCGUCUCUGCCGCGGUCAUGUCGUCUGCCGACUCCUCCAUCCUCUCCGCCAGUUCCAUGUUCGCACGCAAUAUUUACCAGCUCGCUUUCCGUCAUGUCGUCAUCAUCUUCCCUCAGCUGCUCUGCGUGCUGUUCGUCAAGGGCACCAACACCUACGGGUCUGUGGCCGGGUACGUCUUCGGCCUGCUGCUGCGCGUCGGCGGAGGGGAGCCGUACCUCCGGCUGCCUCCGUUCAUCUACUAUCCCGGCUGGCAGCCGCGGGAGAAGCAGCACCGUCUGACGCAGGAGGUGGAGCGAUACGUGGAGCAGAGGUUCCCCUACAAGACGGUCUCCAUGCUCGCUUCGCUCCUGAGCAACGUCGCCUUCUCCUAUCUGGCCAAAUAUCUGUUUGAAAGUGGGACUCUCUCGCCCAAGUAUGACUUCCUGGACGCGGUGAUUUCCAAACACAGCAAGGAGACGAUGGACAAGACGACGCUCGUCACCCACGACAACAUCCUUCUGUCCGAACUGGCCGCUGUGAAGCCCAGGCACGGAAGCUCUCUAGCGGGAACGUUCAUAAACACGGACGUCCUGAUGGAUGAGGACGCCGUCAGCCCAGACGCCAACAAUCAGCACCUGUAGAGAGACGAAAUCAGUCAGAAGAGGGAAAACUGUGCAAUAUCAAUGGAGACGGAGCAAGUAGUGCAUUUAUCAUUGUGUGACGUGACCUUUCAAUGGUAUGUAUGAAACAAGCUUACGUUUAUUCCCUUUUUUCUGCUCAGAAUACAACUGUUAUAGAGCAAUACGAUUUUAAAAGCAUCAGCUACUGUAUUUGAUCUUGUUUUGAGGAAAUGGUUGAUCGUUACUCGUCCUCAGUGAAAGAAACAAGCUGUUAAGCUCCAAACCUGAUAGAAAAGUAGUCACAUGCCAAGUUGGUCCUGCUUUAUAUUAGCUGUAUUUAAAGUGCCCCUUUUAUGCUUCUUCAGAUAUUCCUCCUCAUGUAGUGUGUAAUAGAGCUGUUUGUGAAUGUAAAAACUCUGCAAAGUUUCACAGAUCAAAGUAUAGUUUUUGUCUCCCAAAAGAAAGAAUUGAUUCUGAACUGAAACGAGUCAUCAGUAAUUCAGUCUCACUUCCUGCUGAACCUACGUAGGUUUUGAACUAAUUUGCAUAAUGGCCGCCUCUGGUCUUGAUUGGCUGAACAGCAUCUCUUGCCCCGCCCUCAAUCACUGUAGUUGUAUCUGAGACUGGAAGAGUUUGGUUCGUGUUGUUCAUGUCGAGAAGACGCUGUUUUCUGCUGAGAUUGAUACGGUAAA